AUGCAUGCAGAACAUUACUUUAAAGCAAAACUAUCUUGUGACCUAACAACUUGGAUUGGUGCAAAUAGAUUAUAUCCAGGUGUUCCUGAUGCUCUAAAAUUUGCAAGCUCAACCAUAUACAUUGUCACCACAAAACAGAGCCGAUUUGCUGAUGCUUUACUGCGAGAACUUGCAGGAGUUACAAUACCGCCUGAAAGAAUAUUUGGUCUUGGUAGUGGUCCCAAGGUAGAAGUAUUGAAGCAGCUUCAAAAGAAACCAGAACAUCAGGGGCUGAAACUGCACUUUGUCGAAGAUCGACUGGCAACCCUAAAGAAUGUGAUCAAAGAACCUGAAUUGGAUGGUUGGAAUUUGUAUCUAGGGGAUUGGGGGUACAAUACACAGAAGGAGAGGGAGGAGGCAGCUACAAUUCCCAGGAUUCGGAUCCUUGAGCUUUCUGACUUCAGUAAGAAGUUGAAGUAGCUGUGAAUGUAUUCAUUCAGUUAA